AUGGAGCAGGGCACUGGGUGUAGGCUGCUGCUGCUGCUGCUGCUGCUGUGGGGGGCAGGCUGCAGGCCUUCCUGCGCAGGCCAGCUGAGCGACUACACCACGGUCAUCCAAGUGACCAACGGGGGCCCCUGGGGCGACUGGGCCUGGCCUGACAUGUGUCCCGAUGGAUACUUCACCAACGGCUUCUCGCUCAAGGUGGAGCCCUCCCAAGGUGUCCCAGGGGACGACACAGCACUGAAUGGAGUCCGGUUGCAUUGCACGCGGGGGAACGCUGAACUCAACACGCAUGUGGUGGGGCGCCUGGAGCGAGCCGCUGUGGUGUCCUGGCGGCACUUUCCUGGUGGCUUUCUCACUUCGCGUGGAGAAGUCCAUGACUCUUGGCGACAACACGGCGGCCAACAACGUGCGCUUCCGCUGCUCAGACGGCACGGAGCUGGAGGGCCCUGGACACAGCUGGGGCGUCUUCGGAGACUGGAGCGACUCCUGCCCCAAAGGCGUGUGCGGCCUGCAGACCAAGGUGGAGCGGCCCCGGGGCCUGCGCGACGACACGGCGCUGAACGACCUGCGCCUCUUCUGCUGCCGCAACUGACAGCAGCAGCAGCAGCAGCAGCGCUCCGGGGCCGCGGGGCAACCCCACCCGCCGCUGGGACAGCAGCCCCGGGUCGAUCCCGUUAGUUCCACAGAUGACAAGGUUUGCAGCGCCCUUUU